AUUCGGGACUCGACUGAGAGAAAGGAAACGACAGCGCUCGAGAAUUUCAUCUCUGGCUGCGCUCUGUCCUCUGCAGGCAGGCAGGCAGGCAGGCUGGAGCUUUUGCCAACAUGGUGGUCUGACAUUGAUUCUUGAAGGGUGGGAUUGGGAAAAUUCUGUGUGUGGCGCGUUCCAAUGGCGGCGCCCGCUCCUCCCAAGGGUUGGAAAGUGGAGUACGCGAAAUCUGGAAGGGCAUCAUGCAAGAUUUGCAGUAAUGCAAUUGCUAAAGAAACUUUGCGCAUUGCGAAAGUGGUGCAGUCUUUCCAGUUCGAUGGAUUCAUGACGAUGUGGCAUCAUAUGAAAUGCAUACAAAAGAAGCCAGGGCGUAUUAAGUCGUUGGAUGAUAUAGAGGGCGUGGAUGAUUUACGAUGGGAGGAUGGCCAAAAACUUAAGAAAUACGUUGAAGGUGGAAAGGAUUCUACAAAGGAGGAGGAGGAGGAGGAUGACGAAGAAGCUGGUGGUGAAGAAAGUGCGGGAAAUGGAGAGUAUGCCUGCGAGAAUUCCAAAAGUUCCAGAGCUAUGUGCAAAUCCUGCAAUGAGAAAAUCAGCAAAGGAGAAGUACGGAUGUCUACAAUGGUGGACACUGGCAGAUUUGGCAAAGCUCCCGCUUGGAGGCAUGCCAAAUGUUUCCACGAACUGGGUUGGUGGACGAAGCCGAUAGAUGAAUUGCCUGGGUGGGACAGUCUUGGCGCAGAUAAUCAAAAGGUCCUUCAGGAUCUUUUCAAGUCUUCAAGCAAAGGUUCUAAGACUGGAGGGAAAGGUUCAAAAAGGAAAGCUUCAGAAGAUGAGAAGAUACCGUCUGGGUCUACCGCAAUGACAGUAGAUACUAAGAAGGGCGCAAAAGGAAAAGAAGCAGCUAAGCGCCCAAAGAUUGAAGAUGACGAACCUCUGAUAAAAGAUAAGAGGACGACGAGGAAAGCGAGCGAAGAAGCGAGUGCACUUGUUGACAAGAAGGGCAAAACUGUAUCUGGGAAAGAUGCAAAGAGACUAUCUUCACCCUUGUCCGAUGACAGUUCAAGCGAACUGGAUAAGAAGCUGGAGAAACAAGCAAAAGCCAUCUGGGCUUUAAAGGACGACUUGAAGAAGAACGUUGUAAGUUCGGAGAUGCGGACCAUGUUGGAUGCCAAUUCGAUGGAUGUGUCGGGUACUGAACUCGAACUCAGGGAUCGCUGUGUGGAUGGCAUGCUAUUCGGCGCUACCGGCAAGUGUCCAAUGUGUUCAAGUCCAAUCGAGUAUCGAGAUGGUCAGUACAAGUGCAAAGGCUUUUUAACAGCCUGGAGUAAAUGUACCUUCACUACUCGGGAACCAGAACGAAAAGCUGGAAAGUGGAAAAUUCCUCAAGAUGUUCUAGAUGGAAACGACUAUCUGAAAGAGUGGUCGGAGAAAGAUCGGAAGAAGCCGAAAAAGGAAGCACGUAUUUUAGUGGUGCACGAACCGGUGAAGGUUGAUGUUCGAAAGCAAGAAAAGGACAAGGCAGCGAAGACAAUUGCCAAGGGUCCGCUAGGAGGACUUUCAGUCGCCAUUGUUGGAAGACUCGAAAUGACUCAAGCUGCCUGGAAGAAGAUGAUUGAGGAAGCCGGAGGUAGCUAUCACUCAAGCAUCGUGGCUGAUACAAAUUGCGUUGUGACAAGAGACAAGGAAGUUGAAAGACAGAAAGACAAGUUGCAGCAUGCCCAGAGCUUAGAGAUUCCAAUCGUGACGGAGGAGUAUCUCCAUGAUUGUAUAGACAAAGGCAAAAGACUUCCUACGAAAGAUUACCUUGUUGAAGUCGGCUCCAAACUGCCUUCCAUGACCAAAGUUAAAGUCAAAGGCAGGAGCGCUGUACACGAAGAUUCUGGUCUGCAGGAUACAGGUCACAUUCUUGAAGUCGGGAAGGUUAUCUAUAAUGUAACGUUGAACGUCUCGGACCUCAGUACUGGUAUCAACAGCUACUAUAUCCUUCAGAUUAUUGAAGAGGAUAGCAAGGCUGUGUACCAUCUGUUUCGAAAGUGGGGACGUGUUGGAAGUAGUCGAAUUGGUGCCCAAAAACUGGAGAAGUUGGGAAAGGUGAAGGUCAUCGACGAGUUCAGGCGUUUGUUUACAGAGAAAACAGGGAACCACUGGAAAGCUUGGGAAGCAAAAGAGGAGCUUGAAAAACAGCCUGGGAAGUUUUACCUUGUGGAUAUUGACUACGGAGUGAACGAGGAGGCCCCCAUGAAAGAGCUAGUACCCGCAGGAUCAAAGAGUAAUUUGGACCCUCGAGUUAUAAGCGUAUUGAAGAUGAUGUUUGACGUCGAAACAUUCAGGGCUGCCAUGAUGGAAUUUGAAAUAAACAUGUCGGAGAUGCCGUUGGGAAAGCUGAGCAAGCGGCAUAUUGAACGAGGUUUUCAAGUUCUUACAGAGAUUCAAAAUCUCAUGAAUAUGGGCAGUGAUCAACCUCAGAAAGAGGGCUUACUACUGGAUGCCAGCAACCGCUUUUUCACACUCAUACCAUCUGUUCAACCAAACGUCAUCAACUCUGUAAAGAUGUUAAAAACAAAGAUUGAUAUGCUCGAAACUCUUAGAGACAUCGAGAUAGCAUCACAGCUCAUUGGAUCUGUUGGAGAUACCGAUGAGGAUCCAAUUGAUGUACACUACAAGAAGCUUCGAUGUGGCAUCGAUCCGAUUCCACAUAACAGUGACGACUUCAGACUUGUCAAGAGAUAUCUGGAGAGGACUCAUGCUCCGACUCAUAAGGAGUGGCAGCUGGAGUUGGAGGAUGUGUUUGCUGUUGAUAGGGAAGGAGAGUAUGAGGCUUAUGCACCGAACAAAAAGGGGCUGGAGAAUCGUAUGCUACUCUGGCAUGGUUCUCGAACAACAAAUUAUGUUGGUAUAUUGAGUCAGGGUUUGCGAAUUGCACCUCCAGAGGCACCCGUCACUGGUUAUAUGUUUGGAAAAGGCCUGUACUUUGCAGACUUGGUGAGCAAGAGUGCUCAGUAUUGCUACACAACAAAGAAAUCGCCCACAGGUUUGAUGCUUUUAUGUGAAGUCGCUCUUGGGAAAAUGGAAGAAUUCAAAGAUGCGCAGUAUAUGGAGAAACCAAUGAAUGGUAGCAAUUCUACCAAAGGUGUAGGCAAGACUGAACCGCUUGCGUCAGAGUUUAAAAUUUGGGACGACGACAUCAUAGUGCCAUGCGGAAAACCUGUUCCUUCUGCUGCAACUGACAGCAGUCUCCGGUACAACGAGUACAUAGUGUACGAUACGAAACAGGUGAGUCCCUUGAGCUAGGACAUAUUCUCCCCUAAUCGAGCUCUGUUGCCAUUUCCAGAGGUUUCAUGUGGAGCAAUUUCUCUGUCUCUGUUCUAAUUUUUGUAUGUGGCCUGGUUGGAGUGUGCGUUGGCUCUAAAGAUCUAUCGUCAUGUUUAUUUGAACUGACCACCGUUUCUUCUCCUUUUUAAGGUUCAAUUGCGCUUCUUACUGAAGGUUAAGUUCAAGCACAAAUAUUAGGAGUAGUCUCUGAACCAAGAGGGCUGACUUGAAGUAUAGUAAGUUUGAAGCACAACAGACCCAUCGAACCUGAAUGCUCUACGAUCAACCCUUAGCGGAUGGAUGUCUCAUUACUUCUUUCAGGCUCCCUUUUGACAAUGGUUUCAGACAUCUAUCCGCUGCUUUUUGUAGAAUGUGUAAGGUUGAUUAGGUCUCUUGAGUGUCUGAGAUCAAUGCUUUUACCCAAGACUUGAGGAAUUUUACUCUAGGAAUCAAGUAUCUACGGGAAAUGCUGUACUGUAAAUUUUUGUGGUCAGGCAGCCAGUGAGGCUGGCUGAUUUUUUGUAGAUAAGAACUGUCUGACUGGAGAGCCGACCUGCCUGCUCCAUGCUUGUCCUUACUGAAAGUUUUGGGUUAUAUCAAAGAGGGUAAACGUUCGUGUC